CGUGCUGCACAUCUGGAUGUCAUAGCGUCAGAGAUAGGGUGGGAGUCGUGGGGCGUGUUGGGGUGUACAGAUACAAAAUAAGGAGUUUUUAAACUUAGCAAUGGACCUGCUGAUCUCUUCCUAAUUAUAAUACAGCUGCGAGGCGAGGGUGGAGAGAGCAUCAGAGAAAGUAAGAGAGAGAGAGAGAGUGAGCGAGGGGAGAAGAAAUAAGGAGAAAAGAGCAGGGCAGUGGCACAGAGUGGAGAGGCGAGAGAAGCAUCUGGUAUUCAAACUAGAUUGGAGAAGGACUUCCUGCUGAGAGCUGAAGCAUCAUCAUCAUUUCAAAGUCACUGGAGUGCAGUCACUCUUCUCAUAACACCUGCCGCAGAACAACAACACAGCUUUCUCCAGGCCUUCAGUUAAAGGGGGAGUGUCCGUUUGCUCAUCAUGGCCCCUCCCUCUCUGUUGAUGCUGCUGAUCGUGGUUGCCACGGCAACUGGGGCCCGUUCAGAUGGCGAGGAGAAUGAACUGGAUUAUGGGUACUGGAACUACAGAGAGGGAGCUGACAGUGUGAAUGUGGCCUCAGUGCGCAGUGUCACCAGAGUUUUAGAUGCCUGGGGAAAACGCAUCUUCCGGGAGAUCAAGACUUUACUGCACUCUGAGCCCAGCGCGCUGCUGCCUGACUACUCCAGGGUGCGCCCUCUGUCCGAGUCCGUCAACGACCUGUUCAGAGAAGUCUCCCUACUGCGCAGGCGCAUCACCGAACUCUCUCAUCGCCUAGCAACCCUGGAACCGUUCCUCCGUCACCACGGCUACCGGGAGGUGGAGGAGGGGGAGGCUCUGAGAGGAGAAGUCGCGAGCCUGGCCCGGUACACCCCGAGGACCCCGGCGAGGGCGAGCCCACCGAAGGGGAGCCGGGUGGUGAGGAGGAGACGGGUGAGGGUCCUGAAGAACGGGGGAGUGAAGCUGCUGCAGAGAGACACAUAGAGCUUCUGAAACUAUUAGACCUACAUCAUGUAAGAAAUCAAUUUUUAUAUGUUUAGAUUUCAUUUUUAUAAAAUAACAGAUAAAUAUAUAUCACAGUGUCAUGUAGACACUGCCUGUCCUGUG